GUCUUUUCCUCUCUGGGGAAGGGAGUUAGGGUUCAAAAUCUCGCCCUCCUUUCAUUCUCCCUCUGCAACCCCGCCGCCGUCGUCGUCGUCGUCGCAAGCGUGUCGGUGGAUCGGUGAGAGAAGGUAGCGGAGCCAUGGUUCAGCGACUCACCUACCGGAAACGGCACAGCUAUGCCACCAAGUCUAACCAGACGAGGGUCGUCAAGACUCCUGGUGGGAGGCUAGUGUAUCAAACCUCAAAGAAGAGAGCCAAGGGCCCUAUUUGCCCUGUGACGGGGAAGAGAAUUCAGGGGAUUCCUCAUCUGAGACCUACUGAGUACAAGAGAUCUAGAUUAGCAAGGAACAGGAGGACUGUCAACAGAGCCUACGGUGGAGUUUUGUCAGGCGGUGCUGUUAGAGAGAGGAUCAUCCGGGCUUUCCUUGUUGAAGAGCAGAAAAUCGUUAAGAAGGUCCUGAAGAUCCAGAAAGCAAAGGAAAAGCAGGCUGCUAAGAGUUAAGAGAAGCAAAAUCAACAGUUCCACCUGGUAGAAAAUUUUGAUUUAGUUGAUGGCGAACAUCUUGGAGAAUUGGCGUUGGCGAGUAUUUUAUGGAGUAAUUUGUUUGGCAGAAAACAGUUGGACAUGCAUUAGCUAUAUGCAGUUUUGCAUUUUGACGACAUUUCAUGGUUGCCUAUCUUUGUGGUUUUAAUUUUGUUUUUGAUUUUUUGUUUCUGUGAUUCUGCUUCCUAUUUACCCUGUUAAGGUUUAAGAGUUAAGAGACUUGUCUUAGACAUGAAAUGAUAAGAUGAUUCAAUGGCUGCCA